UAGUUGCCUCGCGCUAUUGCACUCGGCAAUAAUGAGGCUUCUUCUGCUCAUUCUCUUCAGUAAACUACUGUUAAAAGCCUUCUCUGCAUCCUGAAUCAGUUUAUGCUUGUCCAAAUGAGACAGUCACUUUCACUUGUCAUGGAAGCGGUAUAGUUGCUACUCGGUGGGAACUGGAUCUGUACGCUGAGAAGGAUGCUCUGCAGAUAAUUUUUACCUCCAGGCAACCUGUUGGAUCCCAGGAGACGGUUUACAUGGAUAUGAUUUCUGCCAACCUCUCAGAGGUCACUGGAAAGAAUGAUAAUGGCAGUACAGCAGAUAUGACCACUACGCUUACAAUCACAGCUCAUAGAUUACCUAAUAAGACAAACAUCACUUGCCUGACACCAACGGAGGAAAAUGUUAUAACCAAGUCAUCAUCCAUUUUCUACUUUGCUGAUAUACCUCGUUGGAAUAAUAAUAAUUUCUCUUCAUACCAAGAGAAAGGGACAUACUUCACAGCAUUACUAGAGCUAGGAACUAUGUUUGAUGGACGAGGAGUUCCAAUUGAUCACUACAUUAUUCAAGUGGACAAUGGCACACAGUUUGAAACUCCAGGCCCCACUUACAGUUUUGACAUCAUGUACAAUACUACACUGUCAGUGAACAUCUCAGCCCACAACUGUGCAGGAUACAGUGAUCUUCUCUCACUUUGGAUUGAGUAUCAUAAAAAUUUGGAUAAAGAGGUGGAUAGUAUGACAUCAAGGCCUGACACUGAUGGUUCAUCUGAUGGUUUCUCAGUUCUUGUGAUUGUGGUACCUGCAUCAGCUGCUGCGACACUUCUUGUCAUCACAAUAUCCGUUUUACUCAUUGUUUUCCUUAAAAGGCACAGUAGUGCUAAUAAAAACAGACAGCAAGAGAAGUGUGAUGUGGUGGAGAACUCUGCUUAUGGUGUCCAUGUUCGAGGCUCAGUUGGUGAUAGACUGGAGCCAGACUACAACAUGGAGAACAACCCACUGUAUGAGAUGAGGAUGCUGUCAAAUGAGGGACACUUACACAAGACACAAACACCAUCUCCAGUUCCUGUGUAUGAGACUGUUGACAGUGCUGCUGUUAAGCAAUGAUGUUACAAAUAUUUUGGCUGGGAAAAACACUGAGCACUCAAAAAUUUACUGUUUGGUUCAACUUACAAAUCAUGUGACAUAGCUAUGCUUCAUUCAUUUCUUACACACGACA